UUUAAUGAACUGAUACAAAUAAACAAAAAACAAAAUGUUUCCACAUGAGGGCAGCAAAACAUCAGACAGUUUUUCAUUUAGUGAAACAGUACAGUUUCAGUGUCUCAUAAAUCUCUUUUAAGGUUUGUUACUUCUGUUCAGAAACGAUGCCAAACCAAAGCUUAUGUGACUAUGAAUCGUGGUAUACGUGUAGACUAUUGGACUACAAACAAGGGAUCAGAAUGGGUGUCAAGUGAAAUAUAAAAAGUGUGUCACUGCACACAGAGAUGUGAGAGACACGGUUGCCAGAACACAAGUUUAAUUUGCAUAUGUUGGUUUACAAAAAGUUGAAGUUAAGUGAUCUGUGGCCCGAAGAGUGACAGGAAGUGUGACAGGAUGGGCACCUUGUAGCUGAAAGGACUAACAGAUGACUAAUGACAUGUCUUGACUGUGAAGGACCACUGAUGGUUUUGAUAUGUAACUUCAAAAUUUUGGUUUACAAUAUUUUGCUUUGCAGUUUGCAAUGCCAUCUGUCUUCAUACUACCAGUUGGCAGCUCCAAAGUAAAACAAAUCUAAUGCCAUACAUAUGGCCUUUGGGGCACUUUUAAUAGUUUUAAUAUUAAAGCAGCAUCAUCUGUUGAAUAAAAUGUUUAACUUGCACCUGAGCCUGACCUUGGCUUAACUAUUGAAAGUUAAUCACUGAAUUUAUAAUAUGCUUAAGUGCUUUAAACGGACACAACAUUUACAUGCCCAUAUGUGCAGUCUAUUGGCCACUGGAAGCCUCUUCUUCUUCCUCUCUUCAUACUGGCCAGGUUCCCUUCCCAGCACCAUAAUGUGAGAGUCCACAGUCCUGCUUCUGUGCAAAUAUACAUUCCAAACUUGAGGUUAAUAUGAGGCGGAGUUAGACAAUUCAAGUUGGUUUCCUCUGAAGUUACAGUUUUAGUACAAAGGUUAGUUUCCCCAUGUGUGUGAUUGAUACUUCCUGCAUCCAUCUGUCGGACUUUCCCUGGCCUUGUGAAGUUCAACUUCUUUAUGCAAGCAGCAAGUGGAAUAUCUAUCCGAUAUAAAACUAAAGGAUAGCUCCACAAGCAACAUGGAGUGAAGGAAUUACCACAGCCACUGGCCAUGUGCAGUCCUGCACAUACCUUGCUAUAAAAUGGAUUAAAUAAACCAGAUAUGUCGAAAAGUGUCAAUUUAGGCGGAUAGUUUUACCUUUGGACAGAGCCAGGUUGUAACUAAUCAUCUGCUGGUUGUAGCUUCACAUUCUCCCUACAUUUAAGUGGUAUCAAACUUCCCAUGUAACUCUAGAGAGAGUAGAGAGGCAUGUGAUUAAGGGAUCAGGACAGUAACACAAUGGCAUAUUUAAGAGGCAACACUUAACCGGAACUUCAGAGUUUCUACUCUGCCUGAAACUGAAGUGAUAAAUGUAAUGAGCAGAAUUAAAAAAGGAACGGAAAGUCAAAGCACACACACACACACACACACACACACACACACACACACACACACACACACACACACACACCAAGUUCUUGAAACUUGGAUGGCUCACCCGUCAGUGAAACCACACCAACCACACAGUGUUUUUUUUUUCUUUCCAGUACGUCACUUUAGAAUUUUAGACCAGAUAGAGUAGUGUUAACUUCGCCUUAGUCUGAGACUCUCACUCGAUCAUUUUGAAUAAACACGAUGACAGUAACAUCCAGGCAAGGGAACACCACAGAGAGAUACUGGACAGGUAAGUUCAAGAGCGAUUUUUUGGCAUCCUUUUCUGUCAUGAAUGUGUCUGUGACAGGAAAUCGUGCUCAAGCAGAAUUAUCAUGAUAGAGUGGAUGCUUCUGAUGAUAGAUUAAGAGUGUGAUGUUGGCUGAUUAUGGUUUUGUUGUGUGUGGUGAUGGUUUGAGUGUGUGGUAAUGACGACGACAGCAUAUGUCAGGAUGACAGGGAACAAGACCUUUCUGAGAACAUUUACAAGUCAAACUUUUCUCUGAGAGUGAGACAUGUGUAAGGGUAUUUCAGUGAAGUCUGACAAGCCAUCAAGCUGUUUGCCAACAUCUGUGGCAAUCAAUCCAGUACAUGUUGAAUAGAUAACUUGACAAGCCCACACACUUGAUCAGUCAUGUUGCUGCUGCUGCUGCUGCUGUUUCAGUCAUUCCUCCUACAUGCUACAUGCUGCUGUUGCCAGUCAUGUUCAUUUCUCCCACCAUCACACUCCCACACUCUUUCAGUUAUAGCUUCAUAACCAAAGCAAACAACUGCGUUAAAUGGGUCCAGCCAACAAAACUCUUGAAAGCAGGUGAAGUAUAGUGACAACAUAAUCUGUCAUUAGGACAAUCUCAACUACAGAUGUUUUCAGACAUCAAUAUGUCGGGUUCAUCCCACAUAAGUGUUCUCUGUUUCUGAUGCAAACAGGCGAUCCUGCAGGCUUCGUCUGACUGUGGUACCAAUAACUUCAGGAGGAGCCUCCAGCUACAUUUCGUCAUUGUUAUACAUGUUCUUAAACACAAAGAAGUGUUGUUUAAUAAAGAAAUUAUUUGAAUUAGUGGAAAUGUUUGUAUGUUCCGUGAAACUAGUCACCUCAAUAGUCAGUAAUAAUGCAAGUGCUAGGAUGAGACUUAUUUUCUGCCUGGUGAUGACAGUUAUUAGAAGCUGUGACCUUAGUAGUUUUUGCACCAGUAUCAGUAUACGACAAGAAAGGAAGAGUAUACUUAUCGAGUAGUGAAUGAGUUUUUCUAGGUCUUUUUGGAAACAGCAGUAGCUUUCUUGGAAGAGAAGGGGGUUAGGAAGUGGUUAUUUUUGCAUCUUUUAUCUGUGUGUAGUUUGUGUUUUUUUCUGUGCUUUGUCUAUGUGAAACAGAGAGAGCAAAAAAAAAAAAAAAAACAGGAAAGAGAUAGUGUCAGCUCUUUCAUUUCAGUUGGAGCAGGUUAGGGGAAGUCCAAAUGUCAGAAGAAGACGACAUAAAUGAAGACUUAUCUUGGUGAAAGAGGUUAGAAAGAGGUAGACUGCAGAGUAGAUAGUGGCUGACAAAGACUAGACUAAGACUAGACAGAGUUGAUGUUGUGUGGUGAGUUUGAUUCAAAGUGCUUCUUCCCCACUGAGGCCUUUCAAAUGAUCAGCUGCUGAUCAGGAAAUGUGUCUGACUGUGGCAUAAAGAGUGUGGCUUAAAGAGGAACUUUAAUCGCAGAUACAUACUAACACACAUAACACCACUUUAACAGGACAAAAACAGUCUAAGCAAUGUCAUAUUGACACAUGACACAUUUCUCUUUUAGUUUUUCUUUGUGUAUUUCUGGUCAGAGCAUUUGGCUGUGUAUACAAAAAUAAACUCUGACAAAUCUGACUUUAUAAGACCAGUCCAGGCUGUACCCCCGAGGAAAAGGCUGUGCCCCCCCGAUAAGGCUGAGCAGUUAUAAAAAAUGGAUGGAUGGGAACACCACAAAAUAAAGCUGAGCAACAUACAAUCUCUGUCAUCCCUCUGCCAUGUGUUAGCAGUUGUAUCUUUUUAUCUGUACAGGAUGAGAUGAAGGUGAAGCAAGAACAAUCCAUCAGUCCUCCACCUCUUUGAGUCAUCCAGCAUGAGACAUGUUAAAUGGAGAGAAAUAAGAAACCCUCUCUUCUGUUUCUUCUCCUCGUUCUGACUCUUGUCUGCACCAUCAACACACAGGAAUGCCCCAGCCGCUCAGAUGGAUCUCCAUUAUUUCACACAGAUCUCAUCUGCUACAAUGACUACAAUAAUACCAUCACUUGCACAUAUGAGUCUGAGCAUGCAGACAGUCUGUGCACAAUUCACGGUGAAAAGGACAGUACAUCUAAGUAUAGGUACAAGAGUUCCUGUACACUGAAGCCUGUUGACGUCUCCAGACCAAAGCUCAAGAAGUGCACCAUGGUCUUCAAGUCCUAUUUGAUUUUUCUGUCCUCCCAUGUGAUGAGGAUUGAUCUGAACUGUGACAGUAUGAAUCAAAGUUCAAGAUUUUCCUACAAGCCAGUUUGUCACAUAAAGCUGAAUCCUCCGUCCAAACCAGAUGUCAACUUUACCACCGUUUCUAACUUGACCACCGUUUCUUGGGUCCCUCAAGUUGGCGAGACGAGAAUUUCACUUUUCCGCUCCCAACUGCAGUGGAAACAAAAGGAUCAGCAAUGGAGUGAUAAAAACAAAAAAGAAAUGCAAUGUGACCAGAGCUGCAGAGCAACGCUAGACGAAGAUCUGCUGAUACAAAACGAGAUGUAUGAGGCACGCGUUCGAGUGAAGACCGCCCAGGGCGCUGUAUAUGUGUCAACCUGGAGUGACUGGAGCCGCACUGCAUCAUGGGUGUCACCCAUUGGAAAAGUAAAACCAACACCACCACCAUCAGAUGAUGCUCAGGGUGUUAUGGUCACUGUUGGAUGCGUGGUAGCAUUUGCCUUGUUCCUUACACUCUUUAAGACCAACAAAACGACCUGGAUUUACGUAGUAAAGAGAAUCAGAGGUCCACCUAUACCGAAUCCUGAAAAGUCUUUUUUGCGGGAUGUAAAUUUCCAGAACUGGUUGAGUCCUUACUUCACCACAGAAUCCUUUCAUUCUUUCUUGAAACCGGUGGAUAUCGUCUCUGUGGACGUAACCACCACUGCAGGUGCUGUAACACCCAGGGGGAUGGAGGCAGCACUGCUAGAGAAGAUGAGAAGUGAAAGCAACUAUGAGUCGACCAACACCGACACUGACCCCAGUAACUCUGAGCUGUCUCCUCCACCUCCUCCUAUCUCCUCACUCACUGCAGGGAACCUGGAACCUUGUGGUGCUGAUACACCCUAUGGACCAGUUGGUAGCCAAGCUGAAGAUAAAACUGCAGAACAGCAUAUGGUUGAAGUAAGAGGGAAAGAAGUUGAGCUCCUCCAGUUGCUUUCUAAUGGCAGCAACAACAGUGAGCCUUUGCCAGUAAUUUCAGACUAUGAGAAGGUUGAAAAGCCCCAGGUCGAACGUUUCAGGCUCCAAAGUCUAGAUUCAGGCAUGUGCAGUGGUGAAGAGGUCAGUCAAGAAAGCCUGGAGCCAGAUAGCAUCAAUGUGACCGAUUGCCAUGAUGAUGGUGGUCCUGAAGGCAAGGAGGAGUCGGAGGGAAGGAAUGGAAAAGAAGUAUUUUUUCAGAAGUUUUUUGGAGGCAAUAGAGGUAGUUUUGACAAAGGGUCCAUUCAGGUUUGUUCAGAUUAUGAACGAGUCCAGAAGCUGGAGGACGACAGCUCUGAGCUCCCUAGCCUGGAUUCAUGCAUUAGUAGUGGGAGUGAAGAGCAGGUUAGUCAGGAGGAGAGCCUGGAGGACGUUGAUAAGUCCACAGAAUCCACUAGUCUCCUGUUUCCUCCACCUUCUUCCAGUAGUUUCUUGCUCUCAUCCACACCACUGCCUUUGGACUUUUCUGGGACCAGUUUAAAUUCAGCUCUGGCACCUCUGCCAAGUCAUAUACUGGAGAGGAUUGCUCUUAUGUCAACUACCAAGUCAGUGGAGCCCUCUGGUGAUGGAUACAUGCCAGUAAGACAGGAUCAGAGCUAAAAGCAGACAUAAAGCACUUGAAUAGACCUUGCAGUAAAACCUGUACGGUAUGUGCAGGAUCCAUAACAGCCCGACAGCUAGAGUCUGUUAUUGCUUUUCUUUGUUGUGUAACGUCAUAUGACAUAAUGUUCAACUUUUUUAUUGAGGCAAUGAGAUUGCACUGUUGACAGUAAUACAGUUGACUAAAUAUACUGUUGAUCAGACAUUUUUUUACCUCUUUCAUAUGGAUGCAUGCAGAUAUUUAGACACAGAAAGGCAAAGUGUCCAUGUUACUAAUCUGUAAGUAGAAUGUAGAUAUUGUUCACCUGUGUACAGUCAUCACUGACUGUAGAAAUAAUCGAUCUCAUGUUGAAAGCUAUGUAAAAUGUAAUUUGUCUUCUCUCACAUUUCACAUUUGGAAGUUGUUGGUAUUUAAGCUUAGAGCUUAAGCUUUGGAAAAUCGCCCCUUGCUCGUGGCUCAUGUGUGUUUUCCUGUGUUGCAAUCGGACAUGUAAACAAUGCACUGAUCGAAACAUUUGUUUCUAGCACCACCUUUUGGUCAAAAACUGUUACGGUGUAAUGGCAUCAGUCACACGUGAAAAGUCAAUGUAAGGAUUGGCUGUUAUUUUGAAUACUGUUAUCUUUUAUUGUAUUAAAUAGAAUACAUUUUCAAAAGGACUUUUUUAAAAAUGAAUUUAUGUAUUUUGUUUUCCUGUUUUGAAAUGAUGUGAUAACUAAAAAUGUAUGAUGUUUCAUGAGAAGUGAAGGUGAAGAAGAGAAGAACAACUCUCAUCACUCCGUUAUUUUAAAAAGCAGCUCAAAACCUAUUUAUUUAAACUGGCCUUUAUUUUGUAUAAUGCUGUAUAUUGUCUUUAUGUUCUGUUGUUGCUCUUUGCACUUUGUGACCUUGUUCUGUGAAAAGUGCUAUACUCAAUAAACUUGCAUAUAAACAUGAACA